UGCAUAUAUACUGCAUUGAAGCACACGUCAGGUUCUUUCUUAUGGAAUCCAUGCAUGUAGAUCAUUUCAACGCACUGACCGAAAAUGUUGACCGAAGGAAGAGCAGGAGUCUGCCAAGACCAGCAGUUCAUAUUUUACGGAAAUGGCUCUCAGAUAAUUGUCUGUACCCUUACCCAAAUGAAGAAGAAAAGGCAGUAUUGAUGAAGUCCACAGGUCUAACAAACACUCAGAUAUGUAACUGGCUAAUCAAUGCCAGGCGGCGAAUUCUGGACAAAAUUUUAUUAAAAAAAGGUCUUCGGCCAAGUUUGUCAGGCUUAACACAAAAGGAAAACAAGAAAACGAUUCCUCCAGUUUACCCUAAAUUAAACAUUAAGGUGGACCAAACUCCUCCUCCUCCUCCUCUUCCUCCUCCUCUUACCCCCACGAACAUUAUUGCUGCAAUGCCAGUGUCCUAUACAGUAUUCCCACCCCUUGCUAUGCUAUCCAGGUAUGGCCAUGACCUCCUUCAAAGCAUGGCCGAAGGAGGUGCUCCGUUCAGGUUUACAUUUCAACCAGUCCAGAGACAUCCUGCAGAAGAUGUAAGCCCACCAUUUGUGCUUGCUGCAACCCAAAAGACUGAACUAGAGGAAUGCCCACCACCUGUGCUUGCUGCAACCCAAAAGACGGAACUAGAGGAAUGCCCACCACCUCUGCUUGCUGCAACCCAAAAGACUGACCUCAGGGAAUGUGAUCCACCUCUGCUUGCUGCAGCCCAAGAGACUGAACUAGAGGAAUGCCCACCAUCUGUGCUUGAUGCAACCCAAGAGAUGGAGCUAGAGGAAUGCCCACCACCUGUGCUUGCUGCAGCCCGAGAGUCUGAACUAGAGGAACAAAUUAAUAGGUUGCACAUAUUGGCUGAGAUGGCAUGCCAAAGAAAGGAGGAAAUGGAGGCAGAGGCGGCUAAAAUGCGAGCAGCUUUUACACAAAUAAUUAACCCCCGGUCACUAGACUUGCUUCCUGUUCCAAACCCCUAUAACUGUUCUAACGCUCUUAUGAGGAAUGGUGGCUUUUUUUCUCAUUAAACAAAGAAUUCUAGUGGAUUGAAUUGCAAAUA